GCGAGCGUGAAGGACGUCAACAUUUGAGCCGAGCUGACACUGUUGACUAGUAGCUAGCCGAGUGGUAUACAUGAUAUUAAACCGAGUGUUCAACUAGGGUAGCCAUGUCUGAAGCGGUGUCGUUGUUGAAGCAGCAUUUGGAGCUGUACCUGGAGUCGCCCAUGCUGUUGCCAGUGACCGGCGUCGUGGCUGUUGCCGUGUUCUGCUGGUGUGUAACGCGGAUGCCAAAACCAUUCAAGUCAUCGAUCGAUAUCAACAAUCAGAGUAUUGACAUAGGGGAUGGUGUUCAUGUGUCGCCCCUGAUGAAGGACUUGAAGGAUGGCCAACCCAUGAAGUAUCUGUUCGAGGACGCACAAACCCUGCACGAGGCAUUUCUACGAGGACUACGAUUAUCAAGACACGAAAAAUGUCUGGGGAAAAGGACCAAAGAAGGAUACGAGUGGAUAACAUACGAACAGGUGCACGACAGAGCUCAAGCCUUUGGUUCUGGACUGAUCGCCCUCGGGCUGGAGCCACGCCCAGACACUGUUAUUGGCAUUUACAGCAUUAACAACACAGAGUGGGUCCUGGCUGAAAAGGCGUGUAGUAUGUUCUCUAUGGUGACGGUGGCACUUUACGACACGCUUGGCCAAAAGGCGUGUCAAUUUAUCAUCAAUUUAACAAAUCAGUCAACAAUUGUGUGUGGUGAUUCGGCAAAAGCCCAGUUUAUUUUGGAUGAUGCCGACAAGAUAACGUCAUUGCGAACCGUUAUCGUCAUAGAUACAGUGAGCCAUACCAACCUCGAAACAGCCAAGAAACAAAACAUCCAAGUCUUGUCGUUCCAAGACGUUGAGAAAAUGGGGAAGAAGAAUCUCAGAUCACCCGUGCCUCCCAAGCCGUCAGAUGUGUGUACAAUAAGCUUCACUAGUGGUACAACAGGGAAUCCAAAAGGAGUGAUGCUCACUCAUGGGAAUGUCAUAUCCAGUACGUCUGGUUUCCUCUAUGUUACCCAGUUCGCACACCAAUUCAAGAACGAAACUUACCUUUCUUACCUGCCACUGGCCCAUAUGUUCGAAAGAACGGUUCAGACGGCUAUAUUCAUGACUGGCGGCCAUGUGGGUUUCUUUUCUGGCGAUAUCAAACUACUUCUGGGAGAUCUGCAGAUGCUAAAACCGACGUUGUUCGCCACUGUUCCCAGACUUCUCAAUCGAAUCCGAGACAAAGUAUACAGUGGUGUCAGCUCCAGCGGUAUUAAGAAAUUCCUGUUAGACCUUGCAGUGUCCAGGAAGAUGGCUUUAGUUAAAAGAGCAAUCGUAACAAGGAACACGUUUUGGGACAAACUGGUGUUUCAUAAGGUGCAGAGCCUACUGGGUGGUCGUGUCGUUGUUGUACUCACUGGAUCCGCCCCAGUGUCGGAAGAUACGCUUAAUUUCAUUAAGUGUGCAACGGGAUGUUUUGUUAUAGAAGGCUAUGGUCAAACGGAGGUGGUGACUGGUAUAACAGGGCAGUUCCCAGGAGACACUGGUGGAGGCCACGUGGGUGGACCGCUGGUUUGUAACUACGUGAAGCUGGUGGAUGUACCGGACAUGAAUUACUUCACAUCCAACAACAAAGGAGAGGUGUGUGUAAAGGGACCCAACGUGUUCCAGGGCUAUUAUAAAGACCCGGAGAAAACGAAGGAGACCUUGGAUGAAGAUGGAUGGUGUCACACGGGCGAUAUUGGGGAAUGGUUGCCGAAUGGAGCAUUGAAGAUAAUUGACAGGAAGAAACACAUCUUUAAACUAGCUCAGGGAGAAUAUGUAGCCCCAGAAAAGAUAGAAGGAAUCUAUGUGAGAAGUAAAUAUGUUGCACAGGUCUUCGUUGAUGGCGACAGCUUGAAGACGUGCUGUAUGGCAGUCGUGGUUCCUGACCAGGAAGUGAUGGACAUAUGGGCGCCAAAGAACAGAUUUCCAACAGACAUGGACAAGUUGUGUGCAAACAAGCAAGUGAAAGAUAUUAUAUUGAAGGAUCUUCGUGAGCAUGGCAAAAAGGCUGGACUACGAGGAUUCGAACAGGUUUUGGACAUUGCUCUCAUUCCGGAACUAUUUUCUGUCGAGAAUGGUCUGUUGACACCGACACUGAAGUCAAAACGUCCAGAACUGAGGAAACAAUUCCAGCCCGUAAUCCGAGAUCUCUACAAACAGCACGACAUGUGACGCGCGACACGAGACUCGUCUUGCCCGUGCAACACACUUAACGAUCAUGCUGUAGCCACACGGUCAACACAAAUCUGUGAUAGUCACCAAAGAGAAAUAUAAAAUACAGCCUUUAUGAAUAAGCAACAUUUGUGCAGAGGCUAAAAUACUUGCAUUUGUGUGCAAAGAAAACAAUUCUUGCCAUUCGUUUGUGAAACCAAGUGGUUGUAGUACAUUGUGCCUUAAAUAGCAGGUUGUACUGUAUGUAUGUGUAGUUUCCCAUUCGUGCAGAGGUAUGCUGUCAGUAUUGCUCAUAUAAAAUAGUUUGAUUCCAUUGAAAUAAAGGAUAGGCACCACGAAUGCCAGCAGGCUUGUAAGUCUCAGACAUAUCAACACUGUUGUGUAAUCCCAUCUUAGUUUUACGUAGGGUAAUGCUUGGCACACACAUACCGAUUAACGCUGACACAACAGUCGCGUCAGCGUUAAUUGGUAGGUGUGUGAAGGGCAUAGCGUCUAAUCUCCAAUUCUACCCCUAUGAGACUGGCGUGUGUGUGCAGAUUUUCAUACUAAUAUCGACUCGACAGUCCAGUUGGCGUUAAUCGGUAGGUGUGCGUCAACCAUAAUGUUAAAAACAAUUCUUCACAAAAUUCAUCACUUCUGCAGUCUAUACCGAUUUCCUUUCUACACCGAGUUUUUAUUUUGUAGUGGUUAUAAUCCUUGUAAUCAUCGUUCACAUUACCUAUUGUGUCACAGCUGUAUAAUGCUGUCACAAAGACUAACGGUCUCUGAAGGCUCCUGGACUAGUUGAGUCAAAUUAAACCAACAAAAUAUUAUGAAGAGUCAUUGCAGCAUAUCGGAAAGAUCUAUAUCAUAUAUCGUUUUAACCUCUUGAUUUACGUGCGGUUUUUUGGGUGCUGGUAUGUGUGUGGUGUAAUGUAGUGUGUAUUUCAACUAUUUAUUAUGUAGGGUACAUAAUUAUAAAUGAUUGAUAUUGGCGAUAACAAAAUGACCUAGUUGUAGGGUCCGGGGUCACGCUUCCGUAAGAGGAUUUUCAAAUCAUGGAAGAUCUUAGUUGCCUUCUUUGAUCAUUUAAAUCUAAUUUUAAAAAGUCAACUGGUGUAAACUUGGAUCAAAUUAGUUCCCCCCCCCCCCCCCCCCCCCCCCCCCCCCCCCCCCCCCCCGACUACCCUAGUAAAGCAAUGAGUGCAUGUAUGUCUUUCCCAUUAAUCUAGUUACGGUCAUAUCAUUGACAUUAAAACUAAAUGAAAAAACGUAUAGUCCUUCCAAGCCUCUAUGAGCAUUGUUUUUUUUCUGUAAAUAAUUUCAGUUUGGUUUGACAUCAGAAGAAAAGUAAAUGUGUUUUGGAAAUAGCAAAAAAAAAAAAAAAAAAAAAAAAAAAGAAGGAAAAAAUUAACUAUUUUUGUGUGUAAUUUAGGAAACAAUCGGCUGGGAACUCAAUAACUUGUGGUACAUACUAUAGUAAGAAAACGACGUUCCCUGGUGGGAAGGAUAAUAGUUGUGGGAAGAGACAAAGUAUUUACAAACUUCCCAUCAUGUUGAUAUUAAAAAUGUACAUACCUAUACUAAACCUGUUUUAUAUUAUGUUUAUAAAUAUUGUUUCUAUUUAAUAAUUAUGUUAAUAAAUCUCAAUAGUGUAUACAUAUAUACUUUAAAAAUACAUGCACGGUAUCUUAUAAUAAAUGUGGAAAUAACUGUUAUACAGUUGUUGUUAUUAUGUGUACAUACAUGUAUGUAUGCAGUUGCCAUGAUAACGGUAAAUAAUAACAACGUCCAAUAUGCACUGUGUCAAAUAUUAUGGUUUAUUAAAAUACAGUAUCUGAAAAUAAA